AUGGGCCCUGCCCUGGGUGGUCCCCGUAAACUUAUGCCAGGGCAGAACCCAGGUGUGAGGACCUGGACGCUGCCCUGUCCUGUGUGCACCUUGCUGCCCCCCAGGCCGCCUCAGGCCCUGCUCCUCGUGCUGCUGGGCGCCCAGGGCCAGGGCGGCACACCCAGUCCAAAGUGUGACUGUGCUUCCAACUUCCAGAAGAGGAACGGUCUGUUCUGUUGCAAGGGCUGUCCAGCCGGGCACUACCUGAAGGCCCCCUGCCCAAAGCCUUGUGGCGCCUCCACCUGCCUCCCGUGCCCCCGCGGCACCUUCCUGGCCAGGGAAAACCACCACGAGACCCGCUGCGCCCGCUGCCAAGCCUGUGAUGAGGAGGUCUCCCAGGUGGCCCUGAAGAACUGCUCAGCAGUGGCAGAUGCCCACUGUGGCUGUGACCCGGGCUGGUUCCCCGAGUGCUUAGUCAAGCCCUGCAAGGACGGCUCCCCCUUCCGCUGCCACCCGUGCUCAGACUGCAGGGCCCUGCACCGCCACACCCGGGAGCCCUGUUCCGUCAGAGACACCGACUGUGGGACCUGCCUGCCUGGCUUCUAUGACUAUGGCAACAGCUGCGUGUCCUGCCCCACGAGCACCCUCGGGAGCUGUCCUGAGCCCUGUCUGGCUGUCUGCGGCUGGAGGCAGAUGUUCUGGGUCCAGGUGCUCCUGGCUGGCCUCGUGGUCCCACUCCUGCUGGGGGCCGCGCUGGCCUACACAUACCACCGCUGCCGGCCCUGCAAGCCCACGGCUCCUGCAGAUGAAGUUGGGUUGGAGGCCCUGACUCCCCUACAGGCCACCCACCUCGCACCCAGGGACAGCGCCCUUCUAGCGCCACCCUGCAGCGGUGAGAAGGUGCACCCCAUCCAGUUGGCAGGCAACAGCUGGACGCUCGGCUCCCCUCACAUCCAGGAGGCUCCCUGCGCGGAGGUGAUGUGGUCCUGGGACCCGCCGCCCAGCGGCAGAGCUCUCGACCCAGACCCGCCGCCGCCGCCCACGCCCUCGCCAGCGCCCCCCGCGGGCUCGCCGGCCGCCUCGCUGCAGCCGGGCCCGCAGCUCUACGACGUGAUGGACGCGGUGCCGGCGCGGCGCUGGAAGGAGUUCGUGCGCACCCUGGGGCUGCGCGAGGCGGAGAUCGAGGCCGUGGAGGUGGAGGUCGGCCGCUUCCGCGACCAGCAGUACGAGAUGCUCAAGCGCUGGCGGCAGCAGCAGCCCGCGGGCUUGGGCGCCGUCUACGCGGCGCUGGAGCGCAUGGGGCUGGACGGCUGCGCCGAGGACCUGCGCAGCCGCCUGCAGCGCUGCCCGUGACGCGGGGCGCACGGCGGGCGCCCCCAGGUUCUGGCGGCCCCGCAGAAGCCCUAAGUACGGUUACUUAACGCGUGUAGACAUUUUAUGUCACUUAUUAAGCUCCUGGUACGGCCCUGCGUAGCAGCGCCGGCCGCCCUCCCUGCCCCGUACCCCCCGGGUUCUGCCUCAGGCAAAGCGGCAUCGACGGACAUCGGGAGGGGGCAGGAGAUGGCUCAGCAAUGUCCCGGCCUGACCUUGGCCGAGGCCUGGGUAUUAAAUCUGUGAAGAAAAGCUA